AUGGCUUACCUCAUGGCUUACCUCAUGGCACCAUCCCUGAUUGGUGGAAACCCUGCCGCCUUCCUGAAAGAGGACACCAAGCGAGGGCACAAGCGGGCACAAACCCUAGCACCCCCCAAACGGGACGCCCGGUCCAAAUCCCUUCAAACUUCUCUUGGAAGACCACCUCAUCCGCUACACACAAGGCCAUCGCCAUCAGCGCCAUUAAUCAACUAUCUCGCUGAUCGACUUUUACUCGUCAAGAUGGUUCUCGCGGUCGAUCUCCUUAACCCCACGCCUCAGGCUGAGGCCCGUAAGCACAAGCUCAAGACCCUUGUGCCCCAGCCCCGCUCCUUCUUCAUGGACGUCAAGUGCCCCGGUUGCUUCACCAUCACCACCGUCUUCUCGCACGCCCAGACCGUCGUCAUUUGCGCCGGUUGCUCCACCGUCCUUUGCCAGCCCACCGGUGGCAAGGCCCGUCUGACCGAGGGCUGCUCUUUCCGCCGCAAGUAA